CGGAUUUUCUUUUUCUUAGGUACAAAAUGGUGCGAGGCAUUAAAUGGGUAGACGAAGUAGUCGAGGCUGCGCCCUACGUGACUACAUUAGAAACAUUAGACAAAUAUAACUGUGAUUUUUGUGUUCACGGCGAUGAUAUCACAAUGACGGCUGACGGCGUCGACACGUACCAUUUAGUUAAGGCAGCUGGUCGCUACAGAGAAGUCCAGCGCACGGCCGGCGUCUCGACGACCGAUCUCGUUGGACGUAUGCUGUUGAUGACACGACAGCACUUUCGACGGGGCGAUAACGAGUACAGCGUUGACCGGGAGCCGAGCAAGAGCAUGGGUCAGGAUCGAACCGCCCGGAGUCCGUGGACCGGCUGCUCGCAAUUCCUGCCGACCACGCAGAAAAUCAUACAGUUCAGCGACGGCAAGAGUCCACAGCCGGGCGAUAAGAUCGUGUACGUGGCGGGGGCGUUCGAUCUCUUCCACGUGGGACACUUGGAUUUCUUGGAGGUCGCCAAGAGGGAGGGGGACUACCUCAUCGUCGGUCUGCACACCGAUCCCGCCGUUAAUCGAUAUAAAUGCGGCAAUCAUCCUAUCAUGAAUCUUCACGAACGAGUACUCAGUGUGUUAGCGUGUAAGGUGAGUCUUUUUUUUCGCGCCGAGAUUUUUAAUACAUGUGUCUGUGUAGAGAUAAAUAAUGGCGUGAAAAAAUAGAUUAGUAUAAAAUAU